CACGGGAGAGAGAGAGAGAGAGAAGACAUCCUUAUCUUGUCGCGCGCGCUUCCCCGCGAGCGGCUGCCUCAGACAGUCUGGCACCAGCAUGUCACACGGAGCUCUCGCUUGGCUUUUUCUCGUGGGCGCGGCACUGGGCUCGCCAUCCUGCCACAUCUCGAGUCGUAACACGACUGCUUCGGUGACUUGCGCUGAGUUUGGCAGUGCCGUGGACUUUGAGCAUUUCAUCCAACGACCCCUGUCACGGCCCACACUCUCGUUCGUGCUGCGGGACAGCCGCCUAGAGCGUUUGCCCGCGGGAGCAUUUACCGAUGUAAGCGCCACUUCGCUGGAGCUCAACAAUGUCACCGUGGAGACGUUCGAGUUUGCCGAGGAGGACAAUCCGUUCGCCGGCCUCCGUUGCUCCGUGGAGAACGUCACGUUCAGUGGUAACAGCAGCUUGCCUCCGUCAUGGGCCAUUCUGGCCGACAUGCAGAGUCUGCGUGCCUUGGCCGUUGUCGAUGCGGCCGGACCACUCAACCUGACACGUGACUUCGGCCUGCUCCCCAGUGGAAUGCGCCACGUGACCAUCGACUCUGCUCAGGUGGGAUACCUGGAUGACUUGUGGUUGGCAGCUCUCGCCAGCCUGGAGAGCUUGGCGCUACGCAACACAGAUGUGUCCGAGCUCAAGCGCUCCAUUAUGGCCCGGCCGGCGGCGAUGCUUCGGAACCUUGACCUGUCCCGGAACCAUCUGACGACGCUGCCUGUCGACUUCGGCGAGGAGCUGCCAGCGCUUCGCGUGCUCGACCUCUCGCACAACCGAAUCGCCACCGUGCUCGAGGCCAGCCUGCUACCCCUGCAGGCCAGUGUAACAAGUGCCAGUCUCGACGGACGGGAACCAGCUCCUGACAAGCAACGUGUUUGCGACAUGCCGUGCAAGGUACCUUGGAUUCUGCAUCAGGAAUUCUGUUACACCGGUAGAAGAAACCCACUCGAGUGUGACUGCCGGUUGCGGUUCCUGCUGAGCUUCCCGGACAUCUGGCGCCACGCGGAGUGUACCGAACCCGAAGCUCUGCGCAACACGUCGUUCAGCCAACUGACAGAGCAGGACCUCCAGUGCGGGGCCGCCUGAGUGAACACACGUUGAGGAGGGAAUGAAACGACGCAAGCGUUAAUCAUUGCAGGUUGCCAUUGGCGUCGCGUAGCCGCAGGAUCUGCACGCUGCAACGUCACAGAAGCAUCGCUGGCUUUCACAAAGAGCGCUAUUUUUUCUUUCGGUCAUCGUUCCACCUUAGUGCUCGAGCGUUUGUUACUUUCAUCGGCUCAGAAAUCCGUUCUUCAUUUCCUGUGAUUUAUUCUCGCACCAGAUUUGUUUUUCGUUUUUUUUAGAUAUGACUAACUUAUACGACCCAACAUAAUUCACAGCACCGUCAGAGGCGUUCUCUAGUCCUUCCCAGGUAGCACAACAGGGAUACGUAACGUUUUCGUAGCGUUUAUCCAAGACGAUAAAAACGGGUUAAAGAAGACACGAAUGAGAGAACUUCGGCGGGAAAACGUCGUAUAUCUCUGCUAAUGUCCGGCUUAAUUACUUUCUUGAGACGAUCUAGAACAGGUCUGCAAGACGUAUUCGAAAAGCUGGUCUAGAAAUAGGAUUGGGAGAGACGCAAGUAAUCCCUUUGCCAAAACUACUCGUAACCAAUUUCUAAACGUUUUUAGGACGUCAUCAAACAGCUGGUCUAGAAGCGGUCUUGAAAGGUUUACGAUCAUCUGAAGCUAAUUUUCGCGGGUGACGGGCGUGAUCAGACAUCGUUGUUCAAAACACGCGUUUAGUUUCGCCUCACGCGACUGGCCUAUGCAGCGCAGACGUCGUCAGCCGCACCCGUUGGCACGGCCUAGGCCAAUCGCGUGAGGUGGAACUGGGGCGCGAUCGGAGAUAUUUUGUUCGAUACGCGUUCUGUUCAGUUGCUGCAACAUCACAAAGUUGCAGUAUGCAAAAUUUGUGACAGCGGGGCGGAGAGAGCAGCCAAUCAGGAAGCGGUGACCUCCCCGGAAGUUUACCUCCGUCGUUUGUCGUCUGCUUGCAAACAGUAUACUACAAAGCCAAAUGUUUCUCGUCUUCCAAUUGAAUGAAAUCUUUAUCUGAAAAAAUGUAUUUUUUCUUCUCAAGCCCAAACACGUUUUCAAAUAGUAGUACGUGUGACUACUGCAAUUUAUAACUAUUAGGUUCUUUGCGUCGUCCCUAGGUGGUGUUGCGCACAGCGAGAAGGAAAAAGAAAAAAAAAACGACGGGAAGAGUGGCGCACUUUUCAAGAGGCAGCGACAACAUCCCAGUGGCUCGCUGGCACCGAUGAUGUUGUCGAUUUCUCUGUACAACCAACGAAUUAUUUGUUUCGAGAAACAAAAACGACGUCGGAAUUCACUUUCUGCCAUUUCUUCAAACGCGUUUUGCACCGCCACCCGCUCUCCUCCUUCCUCUAGAAACGCCAGCGCAACAACCUAAGUUUCCAACGGAAGCGCCAUUUUCUAGAAUUAAACUAUGGAUCGGAUUCAAACGUGCCAUUCCGCAGUCGAAAAGGCCGCCUGUUGGAUCCAAUCCAAUCCACCAGACGCGCCAUGCGAAGCCGUAUGAUCGCUCCAAACUUCUCAACUCCCGUUGCGUUCGAACAAAAUGCUCGGUGGGCGGAUGAUUGACAGGAGCGUGUCGUCAUUUUGACGUCACCAAAAACGGGGUGGCGCCCCGCGGCUGGCGACGUCGGCGCGGAGUAGGCCAAUCGCGCGCGCCAGUAACCGAACGAACGCGCCGAACAACCAUCUCCGAUCGCACCCCUGAUCGGGCAUUUCGAACAACGAUCUCCAAUCGCGCCCCAGAUGAGUAGAAGCGUCGGCGUUGACUGUAAGAGCUAUGGCGCAGUGCCAAGCACUGUUCCCCGCAUGGCCGGCGCAUCCUCUAUCAAGUCGUACGAAAAUGAGCCUGUUAGGAAUAAUAAAUUCCUAAUACCGCCUUUAGUAAGCUACGAAGCUUAAAACCACAAUGGGAAUGACAUCGUGCGAAGAACAAAUGGCCACGUCUUGGCAGGUGGCCAGACCAAGCCCUUCAUGCCAAGAGUGCAUGAAAUGAGAAAGCAAAAACACUUUAUUAAAAUGUAAUGCUUAUGCAAGGUUCGAACAAACUGUGUGAGAAAUGCAAAUAGUAAUAAAAGUACAUCAACAAUGACAAAAGUCGCAGAAAGGAUUCGUAAUGAACUCGAAAGUGAACAUUCAAUAGCACAUAAACAAAAUUCUAAGUACACAUUCAAAAAUGAACAGAAAAUCCUGGUGUGUACUAAAGUGUCUAAUUUAUCAUAGUAAAGUGCACGUGCUAUUAGAUGGACUAGAGUUAUGCAGAAGUGACAUCAGAGCGAAUGGAAGAAGUAGACUAAAAAAUGCAAGAGUAUGAAUCAGAUGGUAACUGCCUCCAAGUAAUGUUACCAAUCAGCAAGAAGCUUGAAAAGAGCACAAAAAGAAAUACCACCGCAUACCAUCAUAAAACAAUCCUGUGACAGAAAUAAAAAAAUGAGAACAAUGCAAAAUUGGAAAUAUUGCCUUUAGGAUAUAUCAAUGAAGGUAAUGACGAGAAAAAUAACCACACAACAAAAAAGCAAUAAAGUGAAAUUAGUACAGAAUACCUAAACGGGGGAUUCAGUGUAACAAGUGAACACUACUGUAGUACAGCGAACGAUGAGACAGUAAUGCUGCAUCUUGCCACUCCAGAACGUGAGAAAUGAAUAUGCAAGCCUCAUAUUAGAAACUUGCAUAAACAUGGAAAUAAACUGGAACGCACUGGAAGCUGCAUUUGUUUAACAAAGGAAGCGAUGGUCAUAAUAAAUAGUAAGUGUUUUAUCUAAAAAUUCCUUUGCAAGAGGCAAAGUUGUACCUCUCUGGCAAAAACAAAGUUGCAACGAAUAAUUUGCAAACCAGCAAAUACAUUAAUUAGCACACUGACAUGUCACACUUUGCGCACAUCUCCAGUCUCCUAAAGUAAAUAAAAAGCACUCUGAAUGAGAAAAACGUUUAA